AUGAUCGGACUAGAAUCAUUAGCUGAUCCCACAGACACCUGGGAAAUUAUAGAGACUAUUGGAAAAGGCACUUAUGGUAAAGUCUAUAAGGUUGCCAAUAAGAAAGAUGGGAGUCUGGCAGCAGUAAAGAUUCUCGAUCCUAUUAGUGAUGUAGAUGAAGAAAUUGAAGCAGAAUAUAAUAUUUUGCAGUUUCUUCCCAAUCAUCCUAAUGUUGUUAGAUUUUAUGGGAUGUUCUACAAAGCAGAUCAAUAUGUGGGAGGACAGCUCUGGCUAGUACUUGAGCUGUGCAAUGGAGGGUCUGUCACAGAACUUGUCAAAGGUUUGCUGAAUUGUGGCCAACAAUUGGAUGAAGCUAUGAUCUCAUACAUCUUAUACGGUGCUCUCUUGGGCCUUCAGCAUUUACACAAUAACCGGAUCAUUCAUCGAGAUGUCAAAGGGAACAACAUUCUUCUGACAACAGAAGGUGGAGUCAAGCUCGUUGACUUUGGUGUUUCAGCCCAGCUCACCAGCACACGGCUACGUAGAAACACCUCAGUGGGAACACCCUUUUGGAUGGCUCCUGAGGUCAUUGCUUGUGAACAGCAAUAUGACUACUCAUAUGAUGCUCGAUGUGACGUAUGGUCUUUGGGAAUAACAGCUAUUGAACUCGGAGAUGGAGACCCUCCUUUAUUUGACAUGCAUCCUGUGAAAACUCUUUUUAAAAUUCCAAGAAACCCUCCUCCUACUUUGCUGCAUCCUGAAAAAUGGUGCAGAGGAUUCAACCAUUUCAUUUCACAGUGUCUUAUCAAAGAUUUCGAGAAACGUCCUACAGUUACCCACCUUUUGGAGCACCCCUUUAUUAAACAAGUGCAUGGUAAAGAUAUGUCUCUGCAAAAACAGUUGGCUGAGCUUAUCCAAGAACAGCAGCAACUGGGCUCUGUAGCAAAAACAAGGCAUGAACGAAUACAUACCAAAAGACCCUACCAUGUGGAUGGAGCUGAAAAGUACUCUCAAGAUGAUGAUCUGGUAAAUCUAGAAGUUCUUGAUGAGGAUACAAUUAUCCAUCAGCUGCAGAAACGCUAUGCUGACUUACAAAUUUAUACAUACGUCGGAGAUAUUUUGAUAGCCUUAAACCCUUUCCAGAAUCUCAGCAUUUACUCUCCUCAGUUCUCUAAGCUUUACCAUGGUAUGAAGCGCUCAUCCAAUCCCCCCCACAUAUUUGCCUCUGCAGAUGCUGCCUACCAAAGUAUGGUGACAUUCAGCAAAGAUCAGUGCAUUAUCAUCAGUGGGGAAAGUGGUGCUGGAAAGACAGAAAGUGCCCAUUUGAUCGUCCAACAUUUGACCUUCUUGGGAAAGGCCAAUAAUCGUGCUUUGCGUGAGAAAAUUCUUCAGGUGAAUCCUCUGGUUGAAGCAUUUGGGAAUGCCUGCACUGCCAUCAAUGACAACUCAAGUCGCUUCGGAAAAUAUCUGGAAAUGAUGUUCACACCCACAGGAGCUGUAAUGGGGGCAAAGAUUUCUGAGUAUCUACUUGAAAAGUCAAGGGUUAUAAAACAGGCUGUGGGAGAGAAAAAUUUCCAUAUAUUUUAUUAUAUUUAUGCCGGCCUUUAUCAUCAGAAGAAACUUUCUGAAUAUAGGCUUCCUGAAAAAAAGCCUCCCAGAUAUAUUGAUAAUGAAACUGGAAGAGUAAUGCACGAUAUUGUUACUAAGGAUUCCUAUGGAAGACAAUUUGAAGCAAUUCAGCAUUGCUUUAGAAGUAUAGGAUUCACUGAUGAGGAAGUGUAUUCAGUGUACAGAAUUCUGACUGGUAUCUUAAAUACUGGAAACAUUGAGUUUGCUGCCAUUUCUUCACAACACCAAACAGAUAAAAGUGAAGUUCCAAACUCAGAAGCCUUAGAUAAUGCUGCUGCACUGCUAAGUAUUGGGUCAGAAGAACUGCAAGAGGCCCUAACCUCCCACUGUGUUGUAACACGGGGGGAGACUAUUAUCCGAACAAACACUGUGGACAAAGCAGCUGACGUGCGAGAUGCCAUGUCUAAAGCUCUUUAUGGCAGACUCUUCAGCUGGAUUGUAAAUCGCAUUAAUACGCUUCUUCAGCCAGAUAAAAAUAUAUGCAAUACUGAAAAUGGAAUGAAUGUUGGUAUACUAGAUAUAUUUGGAUUCGAGAACUUCUCAAGAAAUUCCUUUGAACAGCUGUGCAUAAAUAUUGCUAAUGAGCAGAUCCAGUUUUAUUUCAAUCAACAUAUUUUUGCACUUGAACAGAUGGAAUAUCAGAAUGAGGGAAUUGAUGCUGCUACAGUGGAGUAUGAAGACAAUCGUCCACUUCUAGAUAUGUUCCUCCAGAAACCCAUGGGUCUCCUUUCUCUACUAGAUGAAGAAAGUCGAUUUCCUCAGGCAACAGACCUAACAUUAGUUGAUAAAUUUGAAGAUAACUUGCGAUGCAAAUACUUCUGGAGACCAAAAGGAGUGGAAUUGUCAUUUGGUAUUCAGCACUAUGCUGGAAAGGUAUUAUAUGAUGCAUCUGCAUUUCUUGAGAAGAAUAGAGACACUCUUCCUGCUGACAUAGUGGUGGUGCUAAGAACCUCAGAGAACAAACUUCUUCAGCAGCUGUUCUCUAGCCCACUAACCAAAACAGGUAACUUGGCACAGGCAAGAGCCAGAGUGACAGCAGCAUCUAGGUCUUUGCCUCCACAGCUUAGUGCUGGGCGUAUCAAGGUUGACACAAUGGAAGUUAUGCGACACCCUGAGGAAACAACUAACAUGAAGCGACAAACUAUGGCUUCCUAUUUUAGGUAUUCCCUCAUGGAUCUUCUAUCCAAAAUGGUUGUUGGACAGCCUCACUUUAUCCGCUGCAUUAAACCUAAUGAUAAUCGAGAAGCACUAACAUUUUCUCAUGAGAGAGUUCUACUGCAGCUACGAUACACUGGAAUUCUGGAAACUGUCAAAAUACGUCGAAAAGGAUAUUCUCAUCGCAUCCUUUUUGAAGAGUUUGUGAAAAGGUAUUACUACCUUGCUUUCAAGGCACAUGAGUCUCCCCUUGGCAGCAGAGAAAACUGUCUGACCAUUUUGGAGAAAGCUAAACUAGAAAACUGGAUUCUUGGAAAAACUAAGGUUUUUCUAAAGUAUUACCAUAUAGAGCAGUUAAAUUUGUUCCUGCGAGAAGUUAUAGGGAGGGUGGUGGUCAUGCAGGCUUAUAUCAAGGGAUGGCUUGGAGCAAGAAGAUACAAGAAAGCCAAAGAAAAAAGAGAAAAUAGUGCUGUUACCAUACAGUCAGCUUGGAGAGGAUAUGAAGCUCGCAGGAAGUACAAGGAAAUAAGGAACAGAAGAAAUAAUGCUGCUAUACAUAUUCAAGCAGCUUUCAGGGGUUAUAUUGUUCGCAAAAACUACCCAAGACUGAAGAAGAGCACUGGCUGUGUAGCAGAUUCUCAACGUAUGAGCAGCUGCUCUACUUCUGAUAUUGACUGUGAAGAGCACUGGCAGCAAACAAGUAACCAGUCUUCUCCUGUCGUGCCUGAUUUUCUUGACAAACAAACAAAAAAGAAGGAUUGGGGUGAGAUUGCUGCUUCUUCCUUUACUGUAAAAAAUGCGUUCAAAAUGAGUGAUUCACAAUUAAUUAGCCAAUCUCAGUCAAUCACAGACCAUCAGUCAAGUCCCUUAAGACAUCCUAAAAAAGGAGGUUCAGAAAACUGUCUUGAACAGAAGCUGAGAACACCUCGUCGACGAUGUCAGCAGCCCAAAAUGCUGAAUAGCCCUGAGGACAACAUGUACUAUAACCAGUUAAAUGGAACUCUAGAAUAUCAAGGGAGCAAGAGGAAGCCAAGAAAACUUGGCCAAAUCAAAGUGCUUGAUGGAGAGGAUGAGUAUUACAAAUCACUGUCAGCUGUUGAAUCUAUCCCUGAAGAUGACAGCUGUCUCAGUUCCCCAUCUCCUCCUUCUUCAAGAGGAGUGUCUUUUGCUCAAAGCUGAACUUAUUCUGUUGACUAACACUGGUAAGAGUAUUUUCUUGCCGGUAAUCUCUUCUAAUUAACUUUGUGCUUGCUUAUGUAAUCCAUUAAAAAAAAUAGACAUUCAGUUAGCAACUUCCUUUCAGUAAUUUAGAUCUGGUUUUGCAGAUACAAAUUGUAUUUCUGUAAGCAAUUCCAGUAAAGGAAGCAGCACUACCUGUACGUGUUGAUGUUAACCAGCACAUUUCCUUAGCAGCAAGGUUAGUUCAUGCAGAUCCAGCUCCUUCCUCCCCACUCCCCCAGCUGCUGUUUCCAGCCUGUGCCAUCCCGUCUGUUGUGCUGGCACAGCUGCUGUGUGGAAAAUAAGAUCAAGGAACUGAUCUAUAUUAGAAGAACACUGUACUAAAAAGCAUCUUUUGGGGUUACGGUGAAAAUGUUCUAUAUUUCCUUUGUUUAAUAUUAAAACUCUAUCAUUUAUAACUUUGCAUGCUGUGAAUGGUUU